UCGAACCUUAAUCUAAUCAGAUAAAUAAGUGAACGAAAUGACUAUCACCUAUGUUACCUCAAAGGACCCCAUAACGCCUGUAAGGCAGACCACCUAUAUAACCACGGAUCCUGCUGCUUUACCAACACAAACCACCUACAUUAAUGUGAUUAACACUCCUCGACCCCAGACCAAUCGAUGGGCCAACAAGCAGAAAACUCACACAGCAACAGCAGGCAUUCUCUUGUUUGCCUAUGGCGGAAUGGAUAUGGCCCAGAGCCUUAACUGGAAUCUACAAACAAACAUUGCGAAUACUCAUGAGUUGGAGUUCAGUUGGUUCAUUGGCGUCAUUAUUGGGGCUCUUGUAGCAUCAUUGUCUGUUACCCAUGUGCCCAAGUGGUGUUUCUAUUCGUUAGGCGGAUUGAUGCAGAUGAUUGAUGCAAUCAUCUUUGUGAGUGCACCAUACAACUACACUUCGAUAGUGGCCGCUCGCUACGUGGGCGGAGCAGGCAUUGGUCUCAUCACCGUUGCGUUUAUCAUACACAACUCGGAGGUGGCGACACGCAGCACCCGUGGACUUUGGUGUGGCCUAGAGCAGUACGGCUUGGCGCUGGGCAUCGCUAUCCAGGUGAUCAUUGACUCACAGUGGGACACAUAUUCAUACGUCGGAGUCAAUUGCUCCCAUGGCAUUUUUGGAAUUGUGUUCUCAUUAAUUGCUACGGGAUCUGUGGCCAUGUCAGUGGAGUCGCCUAUUUUCUAUCUAAGCAAAAACGAUGAGGAAAAGGCGCGCUCAUGCCAGUGGAUGCUCCUGCCCAACUCGGCUUCCACUGAAGCCUGCAAUGAAGCCCUUGACGAAGCUAAACGGUACGUGUCUGCCAGUACAAGCCAGAGCUUCGGUGCAGAACUGGUCGGUUCCAUAACGCCCUUCAUCAAAAUGAUCUUCAGUCGCUGCCUUGUGGCGUUCACCUUCUCAUUACCCUUGAGCUAUUUGAUGGAAAUUAGCACAUUUGACUCUCAAGGAUCCCUAAACUGGCCCAUUAUUCUGUGGGGCAUUUUGCGUUGGAUUGGCACGAUCUUUACCAUAGCUCUGGUGGAUAAGCUGGGACGCAAGUUCAUUUCGCUGCUGGGUUUGCUUUGCAUGGCGGCUCUGAUGCUGGGAAUGGCGGGCAUCUUAUCGCACUCACUUAACGUAUAUUAUAUGCACCAGGUGUGCUGCAUAUCUAUGGCGUUUCAGUUCUUUGCCGGCCUCUACGUUGCCUGCACGCCCACAUACUUGGGCGAGGCGUUUCCUUUGCGGGUAAAGGCCAUCCUCAUUGGCCUGAUUGUGUGCAUCGAGCAAGUGAUCCACAUUAUUGUGAUUGUAACAUUUGCAAAGAAGUCGGACUACUUCCACUACUUCUUGGCCGUGGGCAUUAUCCUGGCAGUCGCUAUAAUCAUCUUUGCUGUCCUGAUGCCCGAGACGCGAGGCCUUACGCUCCGACAGACGAGCGAACGCUUCCGACGAGUUCAUGAUGUUAUGGCCUACUAAGGGCGACCUUUCCUCAAGACAUUAAAGCCACAAGACAAUACAAUGGUUCUCAAUGAUUGACGGCUUUUAUCUCGACUACACAUGUAUGAAUUAUACAUGUAUGAAAAUAAAGUAUUGUAUAUCAGAUUUGA